CUGGUGAAGUGCCAUUGUGGCCAGUCCUCGUGUAGCGUGCUAUUGCGACGCGGCGUCAUGACCUCAAGCCGAGCAGCGUGCGAACGAGGUGUUUUCUCUCAUCCCCCCCAUCCCCUCGCCCUCCUCCUCUUAUUUGUGCGUGCGCGGCCGGGCUUUUCGGCUCGAAGCGAGGAGAUAUUUGGCCUCCUCGCCAGCCGCGCUUGGGUUUGCCGCUGGCGGUCCCGCGGAAACGCGGCAUGGGCGCCGAGCAGAGCGCCCAAGGCAUUGGCCCGGAGGCAGCGCCGCGGGCGAUGUGCGCGCGGCAGGGCGGCGACGCCGCGCUCUCCCUGGCAGACCUGCUGCCCCCCGCGCCGCCCGCGCCCGCCGCUGGGGUGCAGCAGCUGCCGGACGGUGGCCCGGGCGACCAGCGCCUGCUGGCCCACGUCGCGGCACUGCUGUCGCAGCGGGAGGGCGGCACGCUUCUGCUGAGCGACCUCGGGGCUCUCCUGCCCAAGGACCUCCGCGACCGGGCGAGGAUGCGCGGCGGCCUCCGGAGCGCGCUGCAGAAGUACCACAUGCUUGUCUCGGUCACGGGGGCGCCCGGCAAGGAGAGCGUGACCUCCCUCUUGAAGGGGAGCGAGCUGCAGUCUUUGCCUCUCUUUCAGAAGAGGGGUCCUGACGCGAAGACCGGAGGCCACGCAGCAUCCAGGAUUGCCGCGGCAGCCCCACAGUCAGCUUGUCCUGAGAGCAUGUCCCCGAGCCGUCGCGAAGAGGACGAGAACCACGAAUCGGUGCUGCAGUUGCGUGGGCUGCCAUAUCGGGCGACCGUCACAGAUGUGAAGGGAUUUCUGGGACGUCACGGGAGGAACUUGAAGGACGAGAGGCUUGGUCAUCCCAUACGUCUGAUCAUGAAUCGGGAUGGACGUCCGUCUGGCUUUGCCUGUGUGCAGCUGAACUCGCCGAUGGCGGCGCGCGCCGCGCGUGACGAGCUGAACGGCCGCAUGCUGGAUGUUGCUGGUGGAGCAUCAGUGGACGGCGGCGCCGUGAGGGGAGGCCGCUACGUGGAGGUGUUUCUGUUCUCGGAGCGGCCGAACAAGCUGCGCUUCAAGAACCUCCUGAGCGCCGACGUGCCCCAGGAGCAGGCCGGCGGGCAGGACUGCCACGAGGUCACCGCGGAGGAGGUGCGUGCCGAGUGCUGCGCCCACAUGGGGGUCCCCGGGAAAGGCCAGCUGCUUCUCAGCAUGCUGGGCGUGGCAUUGUCGCCGGGCGCUCGGAACUACUUGAAGAAGACGGACCAGGGCCUCAAGCAGUUCCUGUCGCGGUACCCGCGGCAGUUUUUCGUGGAGGGCGCAAAGGGGCGCGAGAGCAUCACCUACGUCGCCCCCGCGAGUGCCGCGGCCGCCGGACAGGACGGCGGCCGGGCCCCGGGAGGCCUCCAGCAGCGGCCGGGCGAGGGAGGCACGUUGCCGUCGCACGAGCAGGCUCCCGCGCUGGCUCUGGAGAGCCGGGACCGCGGCGACCAGCUCGACAGGCAGCCCAGGCAGGCCAGGCACGAGAGCGGCGAGCACGGGCCAGCCAGGCAGGCGAGCGCAGAGGACCGCAUCCCCACGAGCCCGGUGCCGACCGCGGCGGCGUCGAGGCUGGCGUGGUGCGAGAACACGCCGAGCAUCUGGGGCGACUCCCCGGUCGUGGGCCACGGCGCGGCCCCGCGGCAGCCGCCGCCCCUGCAGCUCCCCGGGGCCGCGCUCGGGCCCGGGAGCGCGCCCGGCCAGGGGAUCGACCCGGCGAUGCUCACGGCCAUGUGCGCGGGCUGGCAGCAACCGGCGCUGCCUCCGCUGGCGGGGCUCGUGCCUCCGUGCGCCUACGGGUUCCCGAGGGCCCCCCCGGCGCCGCCGUGGAGCGCGGCGGCCGCGGACGGCGCCCCGCAGGGGCUGCCGCAGCCGCUGGAGGCCGCGGCGCCGCAGCAGGGGCCGGCGGCGCCCGCCGAGGGGCGGCCCGCGCCGGGCCCCGAGGCGGACGGCCCCGCGGGCUACGUGAGGCUGCGGGGCCUGCCUUUCACCUCCACGGAGCAGGACGUGCUCAGCUUCUUCUCCAAGUACGACGUCGUGGACACGAUCCACAGCGGGCGCGACCCCGUCCAGCUCCUCACCAAGGCCAAGGGCCGCAGGUCGGGCCAGGCCAUCGUGCGGCUGAACAGCCCGUCCGACGCGGAGAAGGCGCGGGACGUGCUGCAGGGCAAACUGAUGGAGGCGCGCUACAUCGAGGUCUUCGUCGUCGAGGGCGGCCAGAACCCGCCUGGGAAGCCCACGCCGGCGCCCACGCCGACGCCGGCGUGCGCCGACGCCGGCGGCCUGCGGGCGCCCGCGGGCGCUGGAGCCCGGCGGCCCGCGGGGCAGCAGCAGCGGCAGCCCGAGCGGCAGGUGCCCGCCCCGGCGCGUCCAGCAUCCCCGACGCGGCCGUUGGUUGCGGCGGCGGCGUGGGCGGCCAUCGGCGGCAUGAGCACCCCAGAGAGGGGUGUGCGGAAGAAGUGGUGCGACAUGGUCAGCCCGGGCCCGAGCCCGCACGCCGACCCCCUCGCUUUUGCCGGGCCGCCGCCUGGGGCAUGGGGCCACGGCGGCUCGCCGACGAAGGAG